CUUUUACACACCCAUGUGACAGAAAGGGGAGGGCAGGGGUUCCAGACACAGAGAAAAGGAGUUCGGCACAAAAAAGUGAGGAGAGAUGCACACAAGUGUGUAAGGGAGCACAGUUUGAAGCUGGAGAAGCUGGACUGAAAUGAAGGUGAAAGCCACAGAACGGUAAUCACACAGUAACAGGUUGAGCACCACAAUGAACGUGACAGAGGUCUACGAGGGAAUGGUAGGCAUGUAUAGAGCGGGAAAUGUUUCUGGCAAUGGAAGCAUGGCUACCCUGAACAGCCCCUCCCCCUUGAACAAAAUCAUCAGUAUCUUCAGCCUCGUCAUCCUCUUCAUCACCAUGAUAUCCCUCGGCUGUAGGAUGGAGAUUUCCAAAAUCAAGGCCCAUGUCCUCAAGCCAAGAGGAAUAGCCAUUGCGCUGCUGGCCCAGUUCGGCAUCAUGCCCCUCACUGCUUUCUGUCUGGCCAAAUUGCUGGAGAUGGAUCCAAUGAGGGCUGUGACUGUGCUGGUGUGUGGCUGCUGUCCAGGGGGAUCCUUAUCAAACAUUUUUGCCCUGGCCAUUAAGGGUGACAUGAACCUCAGCAUAGUAAUGACCACUUGCUCCAGCUUCGCAGCCCUGGGCCUGAUGCCUCUGCUGCUCUACAUCUACUGCCAGAACUUCCCCGGCCUGGAAAACGCUGUCCCGUAUGGAGGCAUCAUGACGGCUCUCGCACUCACCCUGGUGCCUUGCUCCAUCGGCAUCCUCAUUAAUCACUACAAGCCAAAUUACUCAGCAGUGGUCACAAAAGCUGGUGUCGGUAUCCUGGCAGUAGCUGGCAUCAUACUUCUCACCCUGGCUGCCAUUGCAGUCAAAGACGUUCUGUGGUUGGCCCUCACAGCGGAUAUUGUGGGGACGGCUGCACUGAUGCCACUCAUUGGCUUUUUGCUGGGAUAUGUCAUGUCCGUCAUGUGCAGACUCAAUGCUCAAUGCAGCAGGACCAUCUCCAUGGAGACAGGGUGUCAAAACAUCCAGCUGUGCUUUGCCAUCCUAAAGGUGGCCUUUCCCCCCGAGGUCAUCGGACCCAUGUAUUUCUUCCCCCUGAUAUACAUCACAUUCCAGUCUACGGAGGCCCUUCUCCUGGCCCUGUGCUUCAGAUGUUACCAAAAAUUCAAGGCACCAGCUGAGGAUGCAAAAGUAUACCAGAAUGUUGACGUUAAACAAGAGGAGGAGAAGCAGCCAUGACAGCAUGACAGACGACAGCCUCUCCUCUCCCUGGAGAGAGAAUAUGAGAGCAGCUGAAUCCUAUUUACUGAGGAUGUAGCUAUGCAUUCAGUGACCUCACUGUCUCUUCACUCAGGCCUGUUACUAGCAAAAAAUCAUGUGCCACAACUAAUACUUCACUUACUUAAAUACUUUACUUAACAAAACCACAGAUUGUAAAUGUUGAAGUAGGGAGUUGAUUAAUAACGAGAUUUUGUAUUUAUAUUUUUGUAUUCAAAACGUUAUGGCUGAGUCAGUUUUAGUACACGUUUGAUUUUGACAAUAAAUUGUUGAUGUGUCAUUUCCUGUUAAAGACUUCAAUUAAAAUGAGUUAAACCUGA